UCCGUCACCUGGCGUUGCGGCCGCGGGCACCGCCGGCGGGGGGCGCGGAGGGCGUGCAGCCCGCGACGUCCGCCAAGCUCUCGGAGUCUGCCGGGGGUCUGGCAGCGAUGGAACCGGGGCCCACGGCGCCCUCCUCCGGCGCCCCGAGGCUGGCCGGGGUCGGGGAGACGCCGCCAGCUGCCGCGCUGGCCGCCGCCGGGGUGGACCUGCCCGGCACGGCCGUGCCCUCAGUGUCGGAGGAUGCUGCGGCCACGAGCCGGGGUGGCGGCGGGGUCCGCGGUGAGGGCGCCGCGGCGGCCGGGGACGGACUGGGCAGACCCUUGGGGCCCACCCCGAGCCAGAGCCGCUUCCAGGUGGACCUCGUUUCCGAGAACGCGGGGCGGGCUGCGGCGGGCACGGCGGCUGGUGCAGGGGCUGGGGGUAAGGAGACCCCAGCGGACGGGAAAGCUAGCGGCGAAAGCGGGCCAGGCAAGGGCAGCGAGGAAGCCAAGGGCCGCUUCCGCGUGAACUUCGUGGACCCGGCUGCCUCUUCAUCUGCUGACGAGAGCCUGUCGGAUGCGGCAGGGGUCGGAGGCGACGGGCCCAACGUGAGCUUCCAGAACGGCGGGGACACUGUGCUCAGCGAGGGCAGCAGCCUGCACUCCGGCGGUGGCGGCGGCAGUGGACAUCACCAGCACUACUACUAUGAUACCCACACCAACACUUACUACCUGCGCACCUUUGGCCACAACACCAUGGACGCCGUGCCCAGGAUCGAUCACUACCGGCACACCGCAGCGCAGCUGGGCGAGAAGCUACUCCGGCCCAGCCUGGCCGAGCUCCACGAUGAGCUGGAAAAGGAACCUUUUGAGGAUGGCUUUGCGAAUGGGGAAGAAAGUACUCCAACCAGAGAUGCUGUGGUCACGUACACUGCGGAAAGUAAAGGAGUUGUGAAGUUUGGCUGGAUCAAGGGUGUAUUAGUACGUUGUAUGUUAAACAUUUGGGGUGUUAUGCUCUUCAUUAGAUUGUCAUGGAUUGUGGGUCAAGCUGGAAUAGGUCUGUCAGUUGUUGUAAUUAUAAUGGCCACUGUUGUGACAACUAUCACGGGAUUGUCUACUUCAGCAAUAGCUACUAAUGGAUUUGUACGUGGAGGAGGAGCAUAUUAUUUAAUAUCUAGAAGUCUAGGGCCAGAAUUUGGUGGUGCAAUUGGACUGAUCUUCGCUUUUGCCAAUGCUGUUGCAGUUGCUAUGUAUGUGGUUGGAUUUGCAGAAACCGUGGUGGAGUUGCUUAAGGAACAUUCCAUACUUAUGAUAGAUGAAAUCAAUGAUAUUCGAAUUAUUGGAGCCAUUACCGUAGUGCUCCUCUUAGGUAUCUCAGUGGCUGGAAUGGAAUGGGAAGCAAAAGCUCAGAUUGUUCUUUUGGUGAUUCUCCUACUUGCAAUUGCUGAUUUCGUCAUAGGAACAUUUAUCCCAUUGGAGAGCAAGAAGCCCAAAGGUUUCUUUGGUUAUAAAUCUGAAAUAUUUAAUGAGAACUUUGGACCAGAUUUUCGAGAGGAAGAAACUUUCUUUUCUGUAUUUGCCAUCUUUUUUCCUGCUGCAACUGGUAUUCUUGCUGGAGCAAAUAUCUCAGGUGAUCUUGCAGAUCCUCAGUCAGCUAUACCCAAAGGAACACUUUUAGCCAUUUUAAUUACUACGGUGGUUUACAUAGGAAUUGCAGUAUCUGUAGGUUCUUGUGUUGUUCGAGAUGCCACUGGGAAUGUUAAUGACACUAUUGUAACAGAGCUAACAAACUGUACUUCUGCAGCCUGCAAAUUAAACUUUGACUUUUCAUCUUGUGAAAGCAAUCCUUGUUACUAUGGCCUAAUGAACAAUUUCCAGGUAAUGAGCAUGGUGUCAGGAUUUGCACCAUUAAUUUCUGCUGGUAUCUUUUCAGCCACUCUUUCUUCUGCAUUAGCAUCCCUUGUGAGUGCUCCCAAAAUAUUUCAGGCCCUUUGUAAGGACAACAUCUACCCAGCUUUCCAGAUGUUUGCUAAAGGUUAUGGGAAAAAUAAUGAACCUCUUCGUGGCUACAUCUUAACAUUCUUAAUUGCCCUUGGAUUCAUCUUAAUUGCUGAGCUGAAUGUUAUUGCUCCAAUUAUCUCUAACUUCUUCCUUGCAUCAUAUGCAUUGAUCAAUUUUUCGGUGUUCCAUGCAUCACUUGCAAAAUCUCCAGGGUGGCGUCCUGCAUUCAAAUACUACAACAUGUGGAUAUCACUUCUUGGAGCGAUUCUUUGCUGCAUAGUGAUGUUUGUUAUUAACUGGUGGGCUGCAUUGCUAACAUAUGUAAUAGUCCUUGGGCUGUAUAUUUAUGUUACCUACAAAAAACCAGAUGUGAACUGGGGAUCCUCUACACAAGCUCUGACUUACCUAAAUGCACUGCAACAUUCGAUUCGUCUUUCGGGAGUGGAAGACCAUGUGAAAAACUUUAGGCCACAGUGUCUUGUUAUGACAGGUGCUCCAAAUUCACGCCCAGCUUUACUUCAUCUUGUUCAUGAUUUCACAAAAAAUGUUGGUUUGAUGAUCUGUAGUCAUGUACAUAUGGGCCCUCGAAGACAAGCCAUGAAAGAGAUGUCCAUUGAUCAAGCCAAAUACCAGCGGUGGCUUAUCAAAAACAAGAUGAAAGCUUUUUAUGCUCCAGUCCAUGCAGAUGAUUUGAGAGAAGGUGCACAGUAUUUAAUGCAGGCUGCUGGUCUUGGGCGUAUGAAGCCCAAUACACUUGUCCUUGGAUUUAAGAAAGACUGGUUGCAAGCAGAUAUGCGAGAUGUGGAUAUGUACAUAAACAUAUUUCAUGACGCCUUUGACAUACAAUAUGGAGUAGUGGUUAUCCGCCUAAAAGAGGGUCUGGAUAUAUCUCAUCUACAAGGACAAGAAGAAUUACUGUCAUCACAAGAGAAAUCUCCUGGUGUUAAGGAUGUAGUACUAAGUAUGGAGUACAGUAAAAAAUCGGAUUUAGAUACUUCAAAACCAUCUGAUGAGAAAGCUGUUACACACAAAGAUGAGGAAGAGGAUGGCAAGACUCCAACUCAACCACUGUUGAAAAAAGAAUCCAAAGGCCCUGCUGUGCCCUUAAAUGUAGCUGACCAAAAGCUUCUUGAAGCAAGUACACAGUUUCAGAAAAAACAAGGAAAGAAUACUAUUGAUGUCUGGUGGCUUUUUGAUGAUGGAGGUUUGACUUUAUUGAUACCUUAUCUUCUGACUACCAAGAAAAAGUGGAAAGACUGUAAAAUCAGAGUAUUCAUUGGUGGGAAAAUAAAUCGAAUAGACCAUGACCGGAGAGCGAUGGCUACUUUGCUGAGCAAGUUCCGGAUAGACUUCUCUGAUAUCAUGGUCUUAGGAGAUAUUAAUACUAAGCCAAAGAAAGAAAAUAUUGUAGCUUUUGAUGAAAUGAUUGAGCCAUACAGACUUCAUGAAGAUGACAAAGAACAAGAUAUUGCAGAUAAAAUGAAAGAAGAUGAACCAUGGCGAAUAACAGACAAUGAGCUUGAACUCUAUAAAACCAAGACCUACCGGCAGAUCAGGUUAAAUGAAUUAUUAAAGGAACAUUCAAGUACAGCUAAUAUCAUUGUCAUGAGUCUGCCAGUUGCCCGGAAAGGUGCUGUCUCUAGCGCUCUCUAUAUGGCGUGGUUAGAAGCUCUUUCGAAGGACCUACCACCAAUUCUCCUCGUCCGUGGGAACCAUCAGAGUGUCCUUACCUUCUAUUCUUAAAGGCCCUGUACAGUGGACAGCCCUCUAGAUGGUACUUGAGUGCCUAGUGAAGUCACUGAAAUCUUCAAUGACACAUUAACAUCACAAUGGCGAACUGUGACUUUUCUUUCACUUUUUCAUUAAUUUGAAAGCACACAGGGAAGUUGCUCCACUGAUAUGUGUAUGGAGACUUCAGUUUUAGUCAGUUCUGUAUUUCAGUCUUAAUGAAUGAUGAUGAUUCCUUGUUGUUGGACUGAAGCUCACAAGAGUAAAGUUUUCCUUUGCUACUUGAAUAGCAAUAAAAGUGUGUUAUUUUGUGAUUGAUGAAAGGAGUACAAAAAGCCUUUAGCCUUGAGGUGCCUUCUGAAAUUAACCAAAUUUCAUCCAUAUAUCCUCUUUUAUAAAUUUAUAGAAUGUCAAAUUUUGCCUUCAGCUGUUAUUUUCGUUUCUAGUCUCUCUCACUUAAAAUGAAAUGGACACUGUUUUCUUCUUCCAUUGACCAAUUAGUGUUGAGUACUGUAUGUUUUCUAUUACUUUUAUAAAGGUAUCUGUUAGAUACUAAAGGCAAGAAUUAGGGCAGGUUAAUGAAAAAUGCAAAAAAAAAAAAAAAAAAAAAAAACCCAAAACAGACAAACAAAAAAUGGUAGCCAAAAAGUGACCCCAAGGUUAGGUUUGUAGGGGUAUGUAUAAAUUGUGGAUCUAGGGAAAGAAGACCCAAUAAACCUUUCUUUUUUUUAAAUCUCUAA